AUUGACAGCCCGACUGGCCAGUAGCUUGGUUCCGUUCUCGUAGUGAAACGAAGUGCGAAGUGCUCUGGGUUCAAAUUCUCGAGCUGGUGGGUAAUGAUGGUGAUGGUAUUCGUGAAUAACAGCAGUUAUAUAUUGGCAGCAGAGCAACAACAAAAAAGAAAAUAAGCGGAGAGAAGAGAAAAUAUAAAAAAAUAAACUUCGCCAUAUUGAAUUGUGAGAACCUGUGAUAGGUUUAAAUUUUCCUGUCAGAAUAAAGAAUAGGUUUUUACUUCCCGAUGGGAUUGGUGGGGUGCCAAUAGUGAAAGCUCAACAGAACCACGCAGUUUCGGAAAUUCCACAAUGAAAUUAAUCAAUUGAUUGAAUGCUGAAAAGCUGAAAGUGCAAACAAAAUUGUGGAACCAUUGCUGUACGUCAUAAAAUUUUAUGAACAUCAAAGGAAGAUUUGCAGUGAAUUAGUGUCUGAUAGAAUUUCAUCUUGAGGAAUUGCGACACAAAGAACGUGUCAGAAGAAGAAGCUUUUUCUGUGAAAUCUAAGCUGGAGCGCUGGGGUGUAGACGACUCCAAAAUCAUUCAGAAACGCCGUUCUGGCCGCCGAUCUACGAAAAGGGUAAAGGCGCAGCAGCGAGGUAAUAUGAAAAGUGCAGACAAAAUGAGCCAAGCAGUAUCCAGAAAUAGAUUCGAGAAAUCAUAUAUAAUUCCAGAAGAUGAAAUAUCCAAGAAACUACCCAAAGAGAUACUUUUGCGAAUAUUAUCCUAUCUUGAUGUCACCUCGCUAUGUCGAUGUGGUCAGGUAUCCCGGUACUGGAAUAUCCUAGCACUAGACGGUUCUAACUGGCAGAAAAUCAAUCUGUUUGAUUUCCAGAGGGAUAUUGAGGGUACGGUUAUCGAGAACAUUUCGCUGCGCUGCGGCGGUUUCCUGAAAUAUCUCUGCCUCCGUGGCUGCCAGUCCGUCGGCAGCCAAUCGAUUAGAACCCUUGCUCAACACUGCCAUAACAUUGAACAUCUAGAUCUGGAAGGGUGCAAGAAGAUCACCGACGUGGCUAUUCAACCACUCAGCAAAAACUGCAGCAAACUAACCGCCAUCAACCUCGAGUCCUGCUCGCAAAUCUCCGACUGCAGCCUGAAGGCAUUAUCCGACGGGUGUCCAAAUCUGACCGAAAUUAAUGUUUCCUGGUGUAAUCUUAUAACGGAAAACGGUGUCGAGGCGAUAGCCAGGGGUUGCAAUAAAAUAAAAAAGUUCAGUAGUAAAGGUUGCAAAGACGUGAACGAUAGAGCUGUUAUCGCCCUAGCGUUGUAUUGUCCUAAUAUUGAAGUUUUGAAUCUACAUAGCUGUGAGACUAUAACAGAUGCAUCGGUGUCGAAGAUAGCGGUAAAGUGUAUCAAUUUGAGGCAGCUGUGUGUGUCCAAAUGUUGCGAGCUCACGGAUCACACGCUGAUAGCAUUAGCAUCUUACAAUCACUAUCUCAACACACUCGAAGUUGCCGGUUGUACUCAGUUUACGGAUUCAGGAUUCAUUGCGUUAGCAAAGAAUUGUAAAUAUUUGGAACGAAUGGAUCUGGAAGAGUGCAGUCAAAUAACCGACGCAACACUAUCGAACCUCGCAGUUGGAUGUCCUAGUCUAGAAAAAUUGACCCUGUCACAUUGCGAACUGAUUACCGAUGAGGGUAUCCGGCAGCUGGCUGCCGGAGGUUGCGCUGCAGAAAGUCUAUCCGUCCUUGAAUUGGACAACUGUCCUCUAAUAACCGAUGACACUCUCGAACAUCUAAUAUCCUGUCACAAUUUACAACGGAUAGAGCUCUACGACUGCCAACUAAUAUCUAGGAAUGCUAUCCGUCGGUUGAGGAAUCAUCUACCAAAUAUAAAAGUACAUGCAUACUUUGCACCAGUGACACCACCACCGACCUCCAACGGACCACGACCCCGGUACUGUCGAUGUUGUGAGAUUCUCUGAGAUCAGGCAAUUGGCUUAGCCAGAAAAGUUCUCUGUAGGAGUAGAGAUGACUGAUAUUUAUACUUAUAAUUUAUACUUAUGAUUCUUAAAUAAGCAAGGAACGGUAUGAUUUUUGGCAGCAUGGAACAACUCACAAAACCCAACAUUUUAUUAAUGAAAAAUGCGCUAAAAUUUGAAGUAUCCUUCAUGAUUUAGGAUACGAAGUAAUAAAACUGAUUGAUAAUAAUCUAUUCUAACCAAAAGCAUAAUUAUCAUCGUCGUGUAAUUGGUAUUACGUCAUAUAAUUGGCAUAAAAUGAGAUGCCUUGAAAGAGCAAACAUUUGCAAAGUCAAUCUCAACCCAACAGAAACGAUUGCUUUCACGAAACACCGAAAAUUAAAAUAAAUAUCAACCAGUGCAAAGCCAGGCUAACAUUUAUCAAAGAGUUAUCUAAAGUCUCGCAGUAUUUUUAUUUCCCACAACACACUACUGCUAACAGGUUUGAACCUUGAAGUUUCAUUUGUUGAAAUUUACUCUAGGAUUCGAAGGUAAACCGAAUCACGAAAAACAGUAAAAUAUAAACAAACAUGUGUUCAAUUAGAAAGCAGAAAGAAGCACGUAGGACGAACAAAAGAACUGGAAUUUUGCAUUAUUUGUUAGCAACUAAAUGAAACGAGUCACAUAUUCAACUCUUAGCUUAAAAAACAAGCAAAAAAAAUCAGGCGAACGUUUAUAGAAAGAUACAGCAAAGCGAUCACAGUGUAGCAUUCAAUACGUAGAUUUCGAUAAAAUCAUUCAAUCGAUUAAAAAUACAGAACAUGAUAGUAGUCGCGCUAAAAGCAAAUAACAAUUUGAAGCAGAAAAGAAGGGGAAACAAUAAAUUAUAGGCGUAAUGAUAUUAGUCGUAAAAAUAA